AUGCCACCUGUGCCUCCACCUCUGCCUCCAGCGCCGUCCCCUGGUGACGCUCCUCCGCCUCCUCAACUGAUACCGCGUCCUGUGGUCUCUGACGACCGACCACCUGGCGCGCUUCUUCUCCAUCUUGCUAUACAUAGCGGUGGCAGUUUCAAGAACCACUGGGGCUAUUUCAUCAAAUCAGAGCACAAUCCCACUGUCGGCACGAUUGUUCACGCUGUUGGGGACGUCAAGAACGGAUUCGAAUUUGAGGUCAAAAGAAACCAUGACUUUGAGACAACUUCACCUGCACCCUUGCAUAUCAUUCCACUCCAGUGGAUUGAUGGCAAAUAUUUCAACGAGGCCAUGUUGAACAAUGGCGUCCAAGAGCUCGAUGACAAGCCGGUGUGCGACUUUGAGAGAAGUGUUUACAAGAUCAAGCCACCCGCAGGAUCUCUCAACUCUGCAACAUCCGACGCUCCCAGGGCAAGGGUCGAUCGGAAAGAUUGUCAGACUUGGAUCCUGGAGUCGGCCAACCAGCUAGUUGCAGACGGGAUUAUGCAUCCGGACAUUGCGGCCUACCUUGACGCUAUCAAACAGUAG